AUGUAUUUAAAUAUAGUUAAAAAUAAUGUAAAAUAUUUAUUCCAUCAGAAGAGAUAUAAUAUAGAAGCUAAUUCGAAUCGUUGUGAAUACAAUGAUGUGAUUCCAUUCAGUUUUAACGAAAUAGAUAAAAUUGUUAAAAAAAGGAACAACAUUUCUGAAAAAUCUAUACACAUAGAUAAAUUGCACAGAAAUGUAUUUUAUAAGUUCAUUAGACAAACUAAUUCGAUAAUUUACUCGAACGUAUCAUUAAAUAAACCAGUUAAAAAUAAUAUAACAGAGACCGUUUCAUCAGAUAAUUUGAAUAAUAAAAGGGAACCUGAAGAAGAAAUAGUGUGUAACCAGAUAGAGAGGAUUCUGGGAUCUCUGGACAAAGAUAACUUAAUUAUCGUCUUGCAAAGGUCUCUCGCUGCACACUACCACUCAAAGUUAAAAUGCUGGUAUAGCCUCUCAACGAAGACACUUAGGCACUGCUUUUUGAAUGAACAGAAGCUCGGGUGUGAAGACUUGGUUAAGAUUUUGGCCUCCCUGAGCAAGUGGAGGUUCCACAGUCUGUCAGAAUUUGGGAAUAAGAUAGACUUUUACAUACUCUUGAAUCACAAAUGGGACACGUAUCAAGCGUCGCAGGUGCUCUGGAGUUUGUGCCACUUGAAUUUGUUUACACUCAAGGCGUUUGAUUAUUUAAAUGACAUAAUAGUAGGUAAAUUAAGUUCAAGCACCCUGAAUAAGACAUUGGCCUUAAACAGUAAUGUACCGGAUUCACAGAAUAAUGAGGUUUCAGCUCCUGAAACUGGAGAUGGUGAACAGGAUUUUGGUUUGAAUGAAGAUUUUUAUGAAAACAUUCACAGGAUUGCGUCGGCUAAUUUAACGAGGCUGUCAAAAACUGGUAUCAGUAGUCCCGUGUUGAGCUCCAUACACGACUACCUGAGUAAAAAUUUGGUGAUUCUAAAGUGUUUAGACACGAAAACGAUGUUGUCAGUAACGGCUUUGUUUCCACACGGAGUGUAUAACGAUAAACUCACAAUUUCAGUACUUGAAAUUUUAGCGAGCUCGUUUUAUCGUUACACUCAGGCGCAAGCAGUGCAAAUUUUGUAUAAUUUCGCAAUUGUCCACUCAGAUCUGUCUCUCAGGGCUAGGGACCUUGUGAUUAAGCUGCUUUAUCAAUUUAGGGUCUUGGUGCUCUCUUCAGACUGCACAUUUAUUCCGAGUGCUGUGUGUAAACUGUUGUACGCAUCAAGAGUUUUUCUAAGCAAUUUUGACAUCAACUUUGUGUCAAAAUGUCUAUCUGAUCUUAACGCAAAUUUACAUCUGAUUGGACAAUUUUCACUCGUAGGAAAUAUGUUGUGUUUAAAUCAAAUGGUUAAUGAAUUUGGAAGUAAGUUGGACUCUCGACAGAGGGAAAAUAUAGCCAACACCAUGAACAACUUGAUCAAGUUUGACGAAAACGGGAGCUUUAGUAAACUGGUGGAAGGUUCAUUGGUACCACUGGAAAAUAUGAAGCUAUGGCACCUGUCUGUUGUUAAUAACAUUGAUGGUAAACGAAACACAGAUAGCACCUUAGGUUUGGUGAGUAACCUUAACAUGUACAAUGCUACGAGGCUGAACGAUUCCUUUAGCGAUUUUUAUGAGACGUGCAAGGGAGAAAACUAUAUGUCCUCAAUGAAAAACCUCGUUCUAUUUAUCGCACUACUAAACGUGUUCAAAAGAGAAGUUGCAUUUAGUAAUGGACACAUACCAAGUGUUUCAAAUGCCCUAAUUAAAAUUUUAACUAACAUAUUUAAAGAGGAUCCCAGUGAAAUGGGAAAUGAGUGUAAAGCAGCUGUAAAUUAUUUGGAAGACACGCGGGGUUCCAGAGUAGUAGAAAAUGAUGAAGUUGUUAUAGUCAAGUUCUGGCAACUUAUUAGGCUAUUCAAAGGGGAAGCGAGUGUGUGCAACGUUAGUGGAUGCAAUGGCACGAAUAAGGAUGAGAUGGCCAAAGAAUUAUUUGACAGCUUCUACUCUCACACUUACAGUAACCGUAGUUAUUCAAGAAGUGGAAAUGGCAGAGAAAACUCAGCAGUUAAUUGUUACACAUCAGAAGAUGGAACAAGCAGAGGUGGUGAAGUGGAAGUAAAAGAAAGAGAGGAUGAUGACAGGAGUAACAAAUACAUAAAUAAGUAUUUACAAUCGAGUUGCAGGCCCAUUCAGGUGGAUUUAGUGUAUACGAAGCUGUUCUUCUUGCAAGACCACCCCAAAUAUUUCAUCAGACUAAUGCCGUCAAUAAUCAUAGGAGAAGCCCUAAACACGAAAGCGCAUGACCUUGAUAUAUUUAAGAUAGCAGAUUUGCUGGAACGGGAGAAACAGUGGAAUUGCCUAUCCAGGUACUUGGAUGCCAAUGGUGGCUCAUUUGGCCAUCAGCCUUCUACAAGUUAUGAAAAGAAAAGUGAGGAAUUAGAAGGCUCUAAAGUACAAUUACGAGGUUUUUACAGCAAUUGGAACGUGUCGGAGAUGGAAAUAGACUAUAUACUCGAGAACCAGUACACAGGCCCUUGGAUGUGCCCAUAUAUUCUGAAAAACGCCUCAAAUCAGACGAUUUUAAUUUUUCAAAUGAAAAACAAAGAAGUAAGCAACUUGCAUAUAUUCGAUGUUCUGAGAAGGGAUGUUUUGACCAAGUUUGGGUACAACUUUAUUGAACUGUGUUAUUGGUAA